AUGCUCUCCACUCAGACCCUCGCCCGCGCAACCGCCCGCGUUAUCGUAAGGCCACAGCAAUCGCGUAUUGCUUUCCAGGUCAGAAGAUUCGCUUCCGAGACUUCCAAGGCAACUGAAAGUACCUUUGUCAAGGAAAGAGAAGCUGUCAAGCACCAUGCCGCUGAAUCUAGUGAACUCUGGCGCAAGAUCUCCCUCUAG